AUGGCACCAGACGAGAGUAAUCAGCGGGGAAUGAAGGCGGCGGAGCUUAGCCAAAUUGCCAACGAUGAGCUUCUAAUCCACGUCCGCGCCGCAGGAUUUUGCCAUUCGGAUCUCCAGGUUUUACAGGGCCAGUUUCCCACCCAGCUCCCCAUCAUCCCAUCGCACGAGCCCGUUGGGGUGGUUGUCGGUAUCGGGUCCGAGUGCCCUGGGAGCUGGCAGCUGGGCGAUCGUGUCGGGGUGCUCAACUUCAAAAAUGCUUGUGGCGAAUGUACCGGGUGCCGCUUGUCAAUGCGCAAGCAGCAUAAACACGACCCCAGAUUUUGUGUGCACCGGAAGACGGCCGGCUUCAGACACGACGGGGCCUUUGCCGAGUACAUGGUGGCGGAUCCCCGCACCACCGUCCCGCUCACCGAAGGCAUCUCCUUUGAGCAAGCAGCGCCGCUGAUGUGCGCAGGGGCAACAGUAUGGGGAGCUUUGGAAAAAGCGACCGCCGGUCUGCAGCCGGAUGAUGCGGUCGGCAUUGUUGGAAUCGGAGGCCUUGGGCACUUGGCUCUCCAAUUCGCAAAGGCACUGGGGCACAGGGUCGUUGCCAUCGAUAGUCGGGCAGCAGGUCGAGAGUUAGCAACGGCGAUGGAAAACCCAGCGCUGAAGCCAGACUUGGUGGUGGAUUCUCUAAAGAAGCGCGAGUCCACGGAUGAGAUCUACGAGUUUACAAAUGGCGAGGGACUAGCAGCCGUGGUCGCCUGCACGGACUCGUUGGAGGCAAACGCUUGGUCGCUGGAGUUGCUGAAGAUUCAAGGCGUUCUCGUUGUUCUAGGGCUCCCGCCAGAGAAGUGGCAGUUUGACUCGAGCCUGAUGGUAUUCAAGGAACUUACUAUCCGCGGAAGCUAUGUCGCGGAUACCGAGUCGACGAAAAGGAUGAUGGCCAUUGUUGAAAAGCACAAUGUGCAGUCCCACCUCACAGUCAUUGCAUUCGAGUCUCUUCCUGAGAUUGUCCAAAUGUACCAAGAGUCCUCAUUCAAGGGCCGAUUAGUUGCCAAGGUGAAUCGCCGUGCCAAGCCACACGUCGACAGGAGAAGCCAUUCACAUAUCCACACGCGAUCUCAAUUCAAACGUUCAUAUCUCAGCAGCAUCAUGGGCAAGAAGCGAGUUCUCAUCAGCUAUGGCGUUGACGUCGAUGCUGUCUCCGGCUGGCUCGGUUCGUACGGUGGACAAGAUUCAUCCAAUGACAUUAGCAGAGGGUUGUUUGCGGGGACAGUCGGGGUCCGGCGCAUGCUCAAACUCUUCGCCAAGUAUGACAUGAAAACGACAUGGUUCAUCCCCGGGCACAGCCUUGAGACCUUCCCUGAGGAAAUGGCAGCCGUGAGGGAUGCGGGGCAUGAGAUUGGUCUUCAUGGCUACUCGCACGAGAACCCAACAGACAUGUCUCUUGAGCAGCAGCGAGACGUGCUGGAUAAAACCGUAGCACCAUGGUGGGAGACCAGCAAGGAAGGGGCUCAACUGCUCCUAGACUACGGAAUCCAAUAUGACCACAGCAUGAGCCACCACGAUUGCCAGGCAUACUACCUGCGUACAGGUGACUCGUGGACCAACAUUGACUACACCCAGAAGGCAGAGCAGUGGAUGAAACCCCUUGUCAAGGGCCAAGAAACUGGACUAGUGGAGAUCCCAGCCAGCUGGUACCUCGACGACCUACCUCCCAUGAUGUUCAUCAAGGAUGCCCCUAACAGCCACGGAUUCGUGAACCCGCGGGAUAUCGAAGACCUUUGGCGCGAUCAGUUUGAUUACUGUUAUCGCGAGUACGACGAGUUCAUCUUUCCUAUCACUGUGCAUCCCGACGUAUCUGGCCGGCCGCAGGUGCUAUUGAUGCACGAACGGCUUAUUGAAUACUUUAAAAAGCAUGAUGGCGUGGAAUUUGUAACGAUGGAGGAGAUGGUAGAAGAAUUCAAGAAGAAGAACCCCCGCCCGAGGGCGCGGUGCUGCCGGCGGCACCUGAUCCGGCGUCGCUACAAGCUCAAUCACAUCAUGUCUCCUUCAACCACAUACGAAAAGGCAGAUGCCAUCACGCCUGCGCAGGACGGCAGCAGCAGCAGCGUGGAUAUGCAGAAAGCAGAAAUGACCGAUGACUCCUUCGAGGUGUUCAAGAAGCAAGAAGGUGCUGUCGACUUCCGCACUGUCGGCUGGGUCCACGCUUCAGUCAUUUUUCUAAAGGUCAUCUUUGCCACGGGUGUUUUGACUAUCCCGUCCGCAAUGUACGUGCUCGGGUCGUUCCCCGGCGCCAUCAACGUGCUGGGGUGGCAAUUCCUCAAUACCUACGGCGCGAUCGUCCAAGGCAACUUCCGCAACGCCCACGCCGGCUGUCAUUCCAUCGCUGAUAUGGCCAACGUCGUGGGCGGGCCGUGGCUAAAGGAGAUUGUCGGCGUGCUCUUCCUCGUGACGUACGCGAUUGUGGGUGCUUCGGGAAUCUUCGGCGCCUCCGUCGGCCUGAAUGCCCUGUCCAACCACGCCAUCUGCACCAAUUACUUCAUGCUAGUCGCCACCGCCGCGGUCUGCAUUCUGGCGAGUUUCCGAAAGUUUGAAAAGAUUGCGUGGCUCACCUGGGUCGGCUUCAUUUCCCGUCGGUGUAACGAAGCUCGAUCGUCCGGCGGCAGCCCCAAAGAAGGUGAUUUCGAUCUAGGCUAUCACGUCAUUGGCAAUCCUACCUUUGUGGCCGGCAUCACCUCCGUGGCCAGCAUCUUUUGCUCCGGUGCCGGUACCUCUGCCUUCCUUCCCGUUAUUUCCGAGAUGAAGAGGCCCCGCGACUAUAACAAGGCUGUGUACGUGUGCAUGGGCAUCGUCACCGCGGCAUAUCUCAGUUUCAGUCUCGUCGUUUACCGUUACUGCGGCCAGUGGGUUGCGUCGCCUUCCCUCGGCAGUGCUGGCGAUGUGGUGAAAAAGGUGGCUUACGGCAUUGCCCUUCCCGGGCUGCUUGUCAGCGCCUGCCUCUACAUCCAUCAUCUUCAGUCCAACUCUUUCGUGCAUUGGUCGGUCUGGUUCGCGUGCACUAUUGGCAUGUCGGCAGUCUCCUUCUUGCUCGCCUCCGGUAUCCCCAUCUUCAACUACCUUCUUGCGCUCGCCGGCAGCCUUACCUUUUCUCCGCUCGCACUCGGCCUCCCGGGUACCUUUGGAUCUAUGACCACCCCCAUUACCGCAAGGGAGGAUUCUUGA